AUGGAAUACGAAAGAAUCACCGUGACAAAAAGGGGAAUUGAGGUGCAACAGUAACUCAAACAAAUACUUGGAUUUAAGGAGAACAGACAAAUUGGAACACUAAGAAAGAAGGAAUAUAGUGAGAAUGUUUUGAGUAGGCAAAAGGAGCAAGAAAUCCAUACUUCUAGUUUUUUGGAGCCUAGAUAGGAUAAAUAGGAAUAGAUUAACAUGUUUCUUACAAAUAGAUUCAGUAACAGAUAGAAGUACAUUAAAAAAGAGAUGGAGAAGUUAGGUUAGAGGAAGACAAAGUUUGGAGGUAGUUUCUAGAGUGAGUCUCAUCGUUCAUUUAAAUGCUUAGAUUUCAGAUAAAUGCAAUAUCUGAAAAGCAAAUAUACUGACGGGUUCUUCUUAACGAAAUAGAACCAAUAAAUUAAAACGCUCUCGAAGCCUUAAGGUUAGGAGAUGCAAUAAGGAGAAGAUAAAUAUUUAGCAUUUAAAUAGUCAAAACUUGAAAGGAUGAUAAAGAAACAUGAGCAAUUCGAUUUACAGACUUAAAGUAUCCCAACCUACGAAAAAGGAAGUAAAAGAGAACCGAAUUUUAUGAGCGAGUUGGUCAAAUCAAUGGAAAAAAGGGAUAUUUCCUCAAGAGUAGAAAGCAUUAAGGAAAUAAACUAAAAGUAUGGAAAUAGUGUGGAUUUACUUGAAUAUCAGAGUUUGAGUAAAGAAAGAUUUUAAGAAAGUAUGAGUAAUUUGCAUUUUAAUAAAUACGAGAGACUAUGGAAGACACUAAGAUAUAUAUUAAAAUUUAAAAAAAUCUUUUUAAAUAUGGGCAAGAGAAUAAGAACAUAAAGAAAGGGUAAGUCCAACAGUGUCUUUAAAGCACAUUAAAACUAAAGAGUUGGAAGUCCCUAAUAUAGGCACCUUGAUUAUGCUGAGAGACAUGGUUAUGUAAGAGGUGUGAUCAACGAAAUUAUUCAUGACCCAGGAAGAGGUGCUCCACUCGCAAAAGUUGAAUUCAAUGAUCCUUAUAAGUACAAAAAACAAACUAAGCUCUUCAUUGCACCAGAAGGAGCAUACACAGGAUAAUAUAUUUAUUGCGGUGCAAAGGCUUAAUUAGCCACUGGUAAUGUCUUGCCUAUUGGAUAAAUUCCAGAGGGUACAGUGGUUUGUAAUUUGGAAGAGCAUCCUGGAGACAAAGGUGCUUUAGGAAGAGCUACAGGAUGUUAUGCUACUAUUAUUGGUCAUUCUGAUGAUGGAGCUUAAACCAGAGUUAGAUUGCCUUCUGGUACAAGAAAAACAUUGAGUUCACUUUGCAGAGCCACUGUUGGUUUGAUAUCUGGUGGUGGAAGAACUGAAAAACCUAUUCUCAAAGCAGGAAGACAAUUCCAUAAAUAUAGAAGACUAAGAAAAGUGUGGCCCAGAGUCAGAGGUGUGGCUAUGAAUCCAGUUGAUCAUCCUCAUGGUGGUGGUAAUUAAUAACAUAUUGGUCAUCCAUCAACUUUAUCCAGAUAUGCUCCUCCAGGUCAAAAGGUAGGUCUUGUGGCUGCCAGAAGAUCAGGACUUCUUAGAGGUGGUGCUUAACUCAAAUAAAUGGACGAAGACUUGGCUGCUUAAUAAGCUAAAAAAUGAAAUCUAUUUACAUUACAGUACAAUAAAUCAAUCAAUUAAAUUA